UGACUUUAGACGCCAUUUUGUCAGCCAUUUCCUACAGUGAUCCAUUGCCAGCGUCUCUGCACAGCAUAGGACGCCCCGUCUGGCCUCAACUUCAUCUGCCCGGGCUUGGUAAACAGCAGCGGAUCCUGCACACUCGGUCCCGGGUGGAUGAGACACAGUCUAGAGGGUCGGUUAGCACCCACUAGACCUCUGGAAGGCGCUUGGUCCCGCAGGACAGAAGCGGUACAAGUCACAGACAGACAUGGCUUUGAAGAUUGUCAAAGGGAGCAUCGAUCGGAUGUUCGAUAAAAAUCUACAGGAUUUAGUACGUGGCAUUAGGAAUCACAAGGAAGAUGAGGCCAAGUACAUCUCCACAUGCAUCGAUGAGAUCAAACAGGAGCUCAAGCAGGACAACAUCGCCGUCAAAGCCAAUGCCGUCUGCAAGCUCACCUAUCUUCAGAUGCUGGGCUAUGAUGUCAGCUGGGCCGCGUUCAACAUCGUUGAAGUCAUGAGCUCCUCAAAGUUCACAUACAAGAGGAUUGGCUACCUGGCGGCCUCGCAGUGCUUUCACGAGAGCACUGAUGUCAUCAUGCUGACAACCAAUCAGAUCCGAAAGGAUCUAAGCAGUCCCAACCAGUAUGACACAGGCGUUGCCCUCACAGGCCUCUCUUGUUUCGUGACCCCUGACUUGGCUCGGGACCUCGCCAAUGACAUUAUGACACUGAUGUCCCACACUAAGCCCUACAUCAGAAAGAAAGCGGUAUUGAUCAUGUACAAGGUGUUCCUGAAGUACCCAGAGUCCCUGCGGCCCGCUUUCCCCAGGCUCAAGGAGAAACUGGAGGACCCAGAUCCAGGUGUCCAGUCUGCAGCAGUAAAUGUCAUCUGUGAGCUGGCUCGGAGAAAUCCCAAGAACUACCUGUCUCUGGCCCCACUCUUCUUUAAACUUAUGACUUCUUCUACUAAUAACUGGGUUCUCAUUAAGAUCAUAAAGCUGUUUGGUGCACUCACACCACUGGAGCCACGGCUGGGGAAAAAGCUGAUUGAACCUCUGACAAACCUUAUCCACAGUACCUCUGCCAUGUCUCUGCUGUAUGAAUGUGUCAACACUGUGAUUGCAGUGUUGAUUUCUUUGUCCUCUGGGAUGCCGAACCACAGUGCUAGUAUCCAGCUCUGUGUGCAGAAACUGCGAAUCCUGAUAGAAGACUCGGACCAGAACUUGAAGUACCUGGGCUUGCUGGCUAUGUCAAAGAUCCUGAAGACUCAUCCCAAGUCGGUGCAGUCUCACAAGGACCUCAUUCUCCAGUGUUUGGAUGACAAAGAUGAGUCCAUCCGCCUGAGAGCUCUGGACCUGCUCUAUGGCAUGGUAUCCAAAAAGAACUUGAUGGAGAUUGUAAAGAAACUGAUGCUGCAUGUGGACAAAGCAGAAGGAACCACCUACAGAGAUGAACUGCUCACCAAGAUCAUCGACAUCUGCAGCCAGAGCAACUACCAGUACAUCACCAACUUUGAAUGGUACAUCAGUAUCCUUGUGGAGCUGACCCGAUUAGAGGGCACUCGACAUGGCCACCUCAUUGCCUCCCAGAUGCUCGAUGUGGCUAUUCGGGUCAAAGCCAUCCGGGGCUUUGCUGUUGCCCAGAUGGCAACUCUGCUGGACAACGCCCACCUGUUGACAGGCAACAUGCAGCGAAUGGGCAUCUGUGAAGUGUUGUAUGCUGCAGCUUGGAUCUGUGGUGAAUUCUCAGAACACCUGGAGAACCCGAUGCAGACACUAGAGGCCAUGCUGCGACCUAAGGUGGCCACCCUACCAGGCCACAUCCAGGCAGUGUAUGUGCAGAACGCAGCUAAGCUUUUUGCCACAGUGCUGAAGAGCCAGGAGGGGAACACAGACAGCACAGCAGCACAGGAAACCAGCCAGCUAAUGAUAGACCGGCUGCCGCUGUUUGUCCAGAGCGCCAACCUGGAAGUGCAGGAGAGGGCAUCUUGCAUUCUGCAGCUGGUCAAGUAUAUCCAGAAACUCCAACAGAAGGAUAUAGAGGUAGCAGAGGAGGUCAGUGCUCUGUUUGCUGGAGAACUGAACCCUGUAGCCCCCAAGGCACAGAAGAAAGUGCCUGUUCCCGAAGGUCUGGACUUGGAUGCCUGGAUCAAUGAGCCUCCAUCUGAGAGCGAGUCUGAGGAUGAGCAGCCCAAGGCUAUAUUUGCCAAGGAGGAGCCCAAACACUCUCGCCCCCGUCACACAGAGGUGGACGAGAAGGAGCUGGCCAGGAGAAGAGAAGCCAGAAAGCAGGAGCAAGCCAACAACCCAUUCUACAUCAAGGCCUCACCAUCCUCUCAGAAGGUGUACCAGGAAACCACAGGAGUGGAGCACAUCCCAGUCGUGCAGAUUGACCUCAGCGUGCCUCUUAAAGUCCCAGGACUGCCCAUGUCUGACCAGUACGUUAAACUGGAGGAGGAGCGUCGGCAGAAAGAGAGAGCAGAGAAGAAGAAGAAGGAGAAGAAGAAGAGGAAAGAAAAACGCAGCGGACGAGGGAAGAAACAUGAUUCAGGCCCAGAGAGCGAGGAGGACAUCACGCCUGCGCACAUGGUUGACAUUGUUACCGAGGAGAUGCCAGAGAAUGCCUUACCCAGUGACGAUGAUGACAAAGACCCCAAUGACCCUCAUAAAGCCCUGGACAUCGAUCUGGACAAACCACUUGCAGACAGUGAGAAGCUACCAGUCAGGUCACACCGUUCAGCAGAGGCUUCAAAAAGCCCAACAGAAGAUGGAGACGGCGCCUCUCAGGAGCCCAAGAAGAAGAGCAGCAAAGAAAAGAGUGACAAGAAGAAGAAGGAUAAAGACAGGGAUAGAAAGAAGAGCAAAGAUGAGAAGAAAAAGAAGAAACACAAACACGAGGAAAAAGGGGAGGAUCUUCUUGGGGUUCCAGAAGACGAGCCUGUGGUCCAGUCAGAAGAAACCAAUGAGGUGGCUGCACCGCCCACCUCCACCAGUGCUGAGGUUUCGGAUCUGGAUUUCUGGCUCUCAAACGCUCCAGUGCCCUCUAACACCCAGGAAGCAACAACAGUAGCAGCAGCAGCAGAAGCAGCCCCCGUGCCUGAGGCAGCCUCUGGCGCAGAGCCAGACUCCGAGCCUGACGAGCCCAAAGACACUGAGAUGGAGGAGACUAAGUCCUCCAAACACAAGAAGAAGAAGCAGAAAAAAGAGAAGGAAGAGAAGGAGAAGAAAAAGAAGAAGAAGCAUCAUCACCAUCAUCACCACGGUGAUGUAGGUGGAGAGGAGUCUGUGCAGAAUGGCACUGUGGAAGAGGAAGAGCCUCUGCCGCCCAUGUCCAAUUACUGCCUGCUGGCUGAGAACUCUUAUAUCAAGAUGAUGAUGGAGGAUGCUGAUGAGGUGUAUGACAUCCAGGGAAACCUGCAGGAUGGCAGUCAGGUGGUGGUGUCUGUUAUAUUUGAAAAUAAGUGUGACAGCUUCCUCAAAUCCAUGGAGUUCAACGUCCUGGACUCUCUCAACUCCAAGCUGCACAGGCCAGAGGGAUCGGGUCCACACGACGGCCUCACCGUUCCUUUCCAACUUCCACCUGGGGUGUCCAAUGAGGCGCGAUUUGUCUUCACUGUGCAGAGCAUCGUAAUGCCCCAGAAGCUGAAAGGAACCCUCACCUUCAUAGUAAAGAAUGAGGACUCAUCCACUCAUGAGAAACUGGACUUCAAACUGCACUUUACCUGCACCUCCUACCUGAUCACUACUCCUUGUUACAGUGAUGCGUUUGCAAAGCUGCUGGAGUCGGGCGACCUGAAGGGCAGCUCUGUCAGACUGGAGGGAGUCAACAUGCCCUUUCACCACCUGCUGGCUAGGAUCUGCUUCCACCACCAUUUCUCUGUUGUGGAGAGGAUCGACUCCUGUGCCUCCAUGUACAGCAGGUCUAUCCAGGGUCACCAUGUCUGUCUGCUGGUCAAAACUUCUGGUCAGACAGUGUCCAUUGACGCUAAAUGUGAUGAGCCGACGCUGCUUGGGAAUGUGCUGGAUGAGAUCAAGCAGACCUUCUCUCAGUGCUGAUUGUGCCCGACAGCCCCAGGGUGCCAGUGACCCCUCCAUGCCACCCCACUGUCUUGCUGAAACACAGCAUAAUCAUGUUACGAAAACACUGCGGCUGGCACUUCUAGUAUCGCCCUAUUUAUUAGUCCUCAUAUUUGCAAGAUUUCUUUCCCCGUACCUGUUGCUUCUUCUUCUUCUGCUUCUUCUUCUUCUUCUUCAGUGUCCCACACUCUGAUGUUCCUCUGCACUCCAAGCUCUGUGGUCACUCCCCGACACUUGAUGUUUGUUUUACAGACUACAUGCGCUGUCUACUCUGCAACGCAGUUUCAUUUUUACUUCCUGGUUUUUGAACCCGAACAGCUCACCCUGUUCCUCUGACUCUGACUCUGUAAUGAGCUCCUGUUUCUGGAUGCUCAGCACCCUUUUCUCUUCCCUGUGUACUUCUCCACCCUCCACUCUGUCGGCAAUUCAGUCUGUGACAGUCAUGUAAUGUAAUGUUGACAACUGGACUUUUGCUGUUGAUGGUUGAAUUGUGUUUUUACUGUGUUGAAGGGUUUUUUGUCUUUGGUUUGUUCUUGUUUAUUGUUUUGUCAUGUUAUUUUUUUCUUUUCUUUUGUCUGAAACCCGUCUGCGCCUUUUGUCUCACCCGUCUUCUUUCUGCUCACUACACAUCAGUGUGUGUGCUGCUCGUCUGAUGUAGGCCUGGAAAAAAAACGUGAUCUGACUGGUCCCAACUAGAAAACAAUGGGGAUUUGAACCUGCUCGUUCACCACUGACUUGCUGCCUGGAGAAGACCAGAUACUGGUCAACUGUAGUGAGAAUAGUACAGAGAUUAAACCAAAGCUACAAAUAAGGCAUGGGUUUUAGACAUCUGUCGGAGCCACUGCCCUACUUGCCUUUUGGCAAGGCUCAGAGCAGAUCUGAUAGUUUUGGCUCAACAGAAACCCUGUGUAGCACUACGAGUCAUUUGUAGAUGAAUGGUUUUACUCUGUGCCUUAGCUGUGCAAUCUGACCUACUCCAGCACAUCAUGAGUUUAAUAAGUACAUCCAGCAUAUCAUUCCUCACACAAAUCAAAGAACAAUUUGAAGACGGGAGUAUUCGAAAACUGUUCAGUCAUACUCUGGCGCCAGAGUACAAGUGAACACAGGACAGUUGCUGUCAGGCCAGUAACAUCUUCAUCGGUGUCCUCUUAAACUCGGAGAUGGAUUGGUUGUAUAGAAGAUGUUAUAUUGUAAUACAAAGAAGGAUACUGUUAUUUCUAUGAAACGGCUGUGGUGCUCAUUUGCCUCAUAACUGCCCAUGUUACACCACUGCUCUGCCUCCUUUGUCUGAAAAAGUCAGAACAUUGGCAAAGGGACGACAAAGUAACACUUAUCAACCUGUCUUUAUUUUUAAAACGGGCAGCAUAUCAGGUUGCUGAAGUUGUUCUCUCUGUAAGCAGAGACAGUCGAGUGGUUUUAGGUUCCCUUUCAAUCAGUAUUAGGCAACAUGGCUUCCACUGUAAGAAAGCAUCUCCACUCUGUCAAGAGCAGGAUGCAACUCUGUCCUUCUUCAUUUGAAAUCCUGUGAAACCUUUACGCCUGUGCCACUUUGACAUUUGCAUUACAGUAGCUGCACCCGGGCUGACUGAGACCCAGCUGGAAUGUACCCAGAUGAACCCCUGUGUUCCUUUUCCCUUCAUAAACUGCCUUGCCAUUUUUUGUUUAUUGACAUGUUAUGAUGAACAUAAAUAGCCAUUUUGUAAAAGAAAUGGCCUCCUCUUAGAGCUCUCACAGAGGUACUUGAUGCUUUAGUUUGUGUCAUCCAUGUCUGAGGUCACUACCCAGUCCAGCACGACUUAACAUAGUAGUAGCAAGAUAAUAACUGACUUGGUAGCGUCUCUGAUCAUAUUUACUAUAUAAUGGUUAAGGCCCUCUUCACAUCUGUCUGCUAUUGUAGAUAACAACUAUGAUAAUGAUGUCUGUGACCUGAAGAUCAGGUCGAUCAUUCCAUGAGAUCUUCUGUCCAGUAGUUGAGUCUGAAUACAGAGGUGAUCAGCUGUAUUUCAAGAAUGUCAAUAGAAGAUAAGUAUGUACGUAUUCCCUGUCCCUGAAAAUGACUGAUGUUAAGUAAAACUUAAAACAACCCCACCAAUCAUACAUUGUUCUAAUUCUCAUCAUUUUUCCUGUGCAUACUAUUUCAUUAAAAUUUGUAUAUUGCAUGAUUAGGAAUGUACAAUUUUAUUUACCUUUCUGUUCCACUGACAUGCGUACACAAGCGAAAACUUGUCAUUCCAGGUUGUCCUUUUUCUUUUUCUUUCUUUUUUUUUUUUUUUUAAAUGAAGUUUACUUCUCUAUUUUUGAUGGUAUUGUGUUUUUAUCUAAGUUCAGGCUAUUAAAAAAAAGAUAUCAUUGAAUGUUUUAAAUUAUUAAACACAGGGGAAGAAAGGGGGUUCUAUUUGGUGUAAUGUCACUGAGGGCAUGGUGCACCAAGUAAUAAUUUGAGUAGAACAGGCCACGUGAAGCAGUGUACUGAGAGGCAACACACUUUUGUCUUAAUUCUCUUUUGUUUCAGUUCUAGUGAGUUAUUUUAUCACGUUUGGCUUGUGACAUUGAAAUAUACUCUCAUAUGACUCUGUUUUCUUAAAGUCCUGUCUUUUUAUUUCUCCAUAUUUGAUUAUUAAGCUGUACAAUGUAAAAUGUUUUAAAGGGGACAACGUAAAUUAUCUACAUUCCCUUUAAAGAAAGCCCACCCAAAUUAAAAAUAAAUGCUAUAAGAAGCUG